AUGGGCUCGGGGCGCUGCUCAGGGGAUCCCGGGGACGGGGACAGACCACGGGGACACCGGGACCUCCGCCUGGAUCAAAGGGAGAUCCCGGGGAAUUUGGGAUCUGCCCGGAGGGAUUUGGGAUCUGAUGCCCGGAAUGGGGCCAGGACCAGAGGGAACGGCUUCGACCUGCCCCAGGGGGGGCUCAGCCUGCCCUGUGCCCUGUGUCCUGUGUCCGGUGCCCUGUGCCCGCUGCCCUGUGCCGCUGCCCUGUGCCCGGUGCCCGCUGCCCUGUGCUCUGUGCCCGCUGCCCUGUGCCCUGUGCCCUCUGCCCGCUGCCCUGUGCCCAGUGCCGCUGCCCGCUGCCCGGUGCCGGGGCUGUCCCGGAGCGGCCGGGGGGCAGAGCUGUCCCCGCUGCGGGGCCGUCCCCGGGCCCCGGGCCGGGCGGUGUCCCCGCGCUGCUGGCGGCAGCAAUUCCGUGUCCCGGCGCCCUCCCCCGGGGCUGGAGCCGCAUUCCGGGGCGCUGAGUGUCCCUGGCUGUGGCCUCGGGAGGGGACCCUGCUGCGGGCCCUCGGGGCCUGGAACGAGAUCUCGGCUCCUUUGGGGCCGCUUCAGCGCAAGCCCGCUCGGGGACCCUGCGGGGCCAGCGGGGACCCUCGGGAGCCCCGGGCCGGCGCUGGGCUCGGGGUGCCCCUGUCGGAGCAGGAGCAGUUUGGGGGUGCCCGGGCCGGGCCGGGGGCGCUGCGGGCGCUGCGGCCGCUCCGUGCGGGGCUCGGCCGGGGCCGGCCCCGGGCUUUGAGGCUUCGGGAGCUGCAGCGAGCAGCAGAUUUGGGCGCAGAUUGGCGGCGGGGAGGAGGAAAGAAGCCGCAGCGGCGGGCCGGCCCCUCCCAAGCGCUGGGCAGCCCCUCCCUGGGCUUGGCCGCGCUCCCGCCGCCCCUCGGCGGGGAUAAAAGGCCCCCGGGAGCAGCCAGGGCACGGCACAGCCGCUCCAGCCCCGAGACAGCAGCAGCUGCCCCUCAGCUCCGGCUCCUUCGUCCGCCGCCAGCGCCGCGACCCCCAGAGCUGCAGCCAUGGGUAAGGGAGCCCCGCGGCUGCCCCCGAGCCCCGGGCCCGCAGCGCCGGCCCGAGACCGGCUCCGGGCACCCCUGGGCAUUCCCUGGGCACACCUGGCACAGGUGCCUCUGUGCCCCGGGCACGAGCAGGGAGCCGGGCCCGAGCUCUGCCCGCGGCGCCGCUGCUCCCGGAGCUGCUGCGGGACCUCGGGGGCUCCCGGGGGCCCUGCCCUGCCCCGGGGCCCCGGGAUCCAGAGGGAUUGUCCGAGCUGGAGCUGCCAGCGUGUCCCGGCUCCGGGUGACAGCUCCGGACAGAUGCAGAGCUCCGUGCUACGAGUACCCGUCGUGCCCCGACGUGCUGAAAGCCCCGCGGGAGGAGGUCGCCUACGUGACCUGCACCUACAGGAGCACCGGCAUCGAGCAGCCCGAUUUCCUGGCCACCGUGGACCUCAACCCGCGCUCCUGCCACUACGGCCAGGUGAUCCACCGGCUGCCCAUGCCCAACCUCAAGGACGAGCUGCACUGCGCGGGCUGGGGCCCCGCCUGCGGCUGCUUCGACGGCGGCGCCGCGGCCAAAAGGACCAAGCUGGUGCUGCCGUGCCUCAUCUCCUCCCGCAUCUACGUGGUGGAUGUGGGCUCCCAGUGCCGGGCGCCGCGGAUCUGCAAGAUGAUCGAGCCCGUGGAUGUGUUCUGGAAGUGCAACAAGGGCUACCUGUCCGUCACCCACCCCCUGCCCAACGGCGACGUCCUGGUGGCCAACAUGGGCGACGCCGCUGGCCACGGCAAAGGUGGCUUCGUGGUGCUGGACGGAGAGACCUUCGAGCUGAAGGGCAACUGGGAGAACGAGUGUGAGGCUCCCCCGACCGGGCACGACUUCUGGUACCAGGCCCGGCACAACGUCCUGGUCAGCUCGGCCGGGAUGGUGCCCAGAGUGGCCGGGCGCGGCUUCAACCCCGAUGACCUCAAGAAAGGGGUCUUCGGCCGCCGCCUGAACGUGUGGAACCUGUCGUGCCGCAGCCUGACGCAGUGCUUCGACCUGGGCGAGGAUUCCCUGCCCAUGACCGUGCGCUUCCUGCACAACCCCGAGGCCGCCGAGGGCUACGUGGGCUGUGCCCUGAGCGGGGCCAUUUUCCGCUUCUACAAAUCCUGCGAGAGAGACAACUGGGCCGUGGAGGAGGUGAUCCGGAUCCCGGCCAAGGACGUGUCGGGCUGGAUCAUGCCCAAGAUGCCGGCCUUCAUCGUGGACCUCGUCAUCAGCCAGGACGACCGGUUCCUGUACGUGUGCAAUUGGCUGCACGGGGACAUCCGGCAGUACGAGCUGUCGCGGAGCUGCAAGCCGCGGCUGGUGGGGCAGGUGUUCGUGGGGGGCAGCAUCCUGCGAGGGGGCCCCGUGACCGUGUGCAGGGACGAGGAGCUCAAGUGCCAGCCCGAGCCGCUGGUGGUCAAGUGCAAGCGCGUGUACGGCGGCCCCGCCGCGCUGCAGCUGAGCCUGGACGGGAAGCGGCUCUACGUGACCAAUUCCUUCUACAGCACCUGGGACCGGCAGUUCUACCCCAGCCUGAUCAAGGAGGGCUCGGUGAUGCUGCAGCUCGACGUGGACACGGACAAGGGCGGCCUGAGCGUCAACAAGAACUUCCUGGUGGAUUUCGGCAAGGAGCCCAACGGGCCGUGCCUGGCGCACCAGAUCCGCCUCCCUGGCGGCGAUGCCAAAUCCGUGACCCUGCCCUGA